AGGUGAGGGGGGCGCGGGGAGCGGAGCGGGGCCCCCGAACGUGUCCGAACAAGCUCCGAAGUUACCCGAGGUCACCCGAGCGACCGCCGAGCCGAGACUCGAGGACAGCCGAACCGCGGUCCGAAAGCACCCGAGAGCGUUCCCGAGCGAACGACAGACAAAUGCUCACGCUAAGAAUAUCUCUUGUGUUUAUUUCUCAAUGAUUUUCAAAUGUCUUUGCAUUAUUUAUGGGUUUUGAUUAAGUUGCAAAUAUGAAGUCGAGAGCUUCAUCGCACGGGCAUUUGCCACCCAAGCGCCACUUCCAUUAUCCUAGACAAACAAGACCGAUCAGCUGUUUUUUAUUUUUGAAAGAAAAAAGCUGCAGCGGCUGCUACGAGGAGUACCAACAGAACGGCAAUUACGUCUUGAUCAAAGCUAAUAGUUUUUCCAUUCUUUUGAAAUGACAUUCAUGCUAUCCACAACAAGUUUGUGGUGCUUAUUUCAGCCACCGUUUAGCUGGUAAACUCAUAUCAGUGAAAGUUCUAAAUAAUUUCUUAUUUCCAAAAGUGAAAGAAUGAUUAUUCGCAGUGCAGCAGUAGGCUAAACGUCUUCUGCUAGCUGGAAGUUCUGAACUACAGAAUGUGAUAAAUAUGGAAGCUGUAUGCUUUGCUUAUGGGCGGCAUAGCCAAAUGUCACAAUUCUCAAAGAUUGGGUCAUGCUUUUGCAAGCAAACUCUAGCAAUUUGCAACUGUGAUGAACGAUAAAAAUAUUUCACAAUGACAGCUUACUUAUGUCCGAUGUGCAACCAGUUUGGAAAUAUGGCCCGCUCACUAGGAAAAUUCCAAACUUGGCACCAAGCGUCAUCCAUGGGUGUUUCUACUAGAGGCCUUGCAUCCAAACAGCUGCCAUCAGAAGCACAAGUUGUCGUUUGCGGAGCAGGAAUUGUUGGCAAUUCUGUUGCUUAUCAUCUAGUCCAAAAUGGUCUGACUGAUGUAUUAGUUAUUGAUAAAGACACCAUUGGAAGUGGUACAUCUCACUUCAGCUCAGGCACUUUAGGAUUAUUUAAACCUACUCAUACCCGGGAAAUCAUUAUGAACAGUAUAAAGCUGUACCGCCAACUGCAAGCUCAAGGAUUUGAUAUCGGUCUCCGUGAAUGUGGAAGUCUAAACCUGGCACAGACUCAUGAGCGAAUGAUUGCAUUGAGGAGGCGAAUGGCAUACAAUGCUCCCUCAGGGCUUCAUUGUGAGGUUGUGAGUCGCGCUGAACUUCAGAAAUUGCACCCACUACUGUUCUCCGAUGACUUGGAGGGAGGGAUAUGGGUAGAGGAGGAUGCUGUUGCCCAGCCUCAGUCAAUAUGUCAUGCUCUUGCCACUCUUGCUCAAACUGGUGGAGCAAAGUAUGUAGAGCAUUGUGAGAUGGAGCAAAUUCUUAUCAAGGAUAGAAAAGUGUACGGAAUGAAAACAAAUCUUGGUACAGUGAAAUGUGAAUAUUUUGUAAACAGUGCGGGCAUGUGGGCUCGUGACUUGGGUCUUAAAAGCAACCCUCGAGUUGCUAUUCCUGCUUAUCCAGCAGAGCAUUUCUACGCAAUCACUGAACCAUUUGAUGUUAACUCAAACUUGCCGUGUGUGAGAGAUUUUGAUUCUAGUAUCUAUGCUCGCGAAUUUAAUGGCGGUGUUCUUGUUGGAGGUUUUGAGUUGGAAGCCAAACCUGCAUUUACAGAUGGUUUAGGUAUACCCAAAAAUUGGAAAGAAAGAGAUACAUCAGAUUGGACUCAUUUCCGGCCUCUAUGGGAAAAGGCUGUCCACCGAAUGCCCGUUUUAGGGAAAGUUCCAACGCCUCACUUGCUAAGCUCUCCAGACAACUUCACACCAGAUGGAAGAUGGGUUAUUGGUGAAGCACCUGAGGUUCGUAAUUAUUUGGUGGCUGUGGGUAUGAAUGGCAAUCCCUUGGAAGGUGGUGGAGGCAUUGGGCGAGCAGUAGCAGAAUGGAUCAUUGAAGGAGAACCCACACAAGAUUUACUCUCUUUCAGUGUUCAAAGGUUUCUAGAUCUCCACAAUAAUAGGCAGUAUCUUCAAGAACGCACAAAAGAAGUGGUAGGACGACAUUAUGCAAUAAUGCAUCCUAUGCAAUGUGAAUACAAUCACGCUCGGAAGCUUCGAUGUUCACCCCUUUACAGUGUUUUAGAAAGGUAUGGAGCAGUAUUUGGAACUCGAAUGGCCUUUGAAAGGCCACUGUAUUUUGAUUCUUCACAACAACAUUGGGAUAAGCCUGCCCAAAUGCCACCAGGAACAUUUUACAAACCCAAGUUCUUUAAGUAUAUGCAAGAAGAGUUUCAAGCCUGUCAAGAAGGAGUUGGAAUUAUUGAUAUGUCUUCUUUUUCCAAAAUUCUAAUCAAGUCAAACGGUCCAAGUGUGCUGGAAUACUUACAACGCCUUUGUUCAAAUGAUGUCAACAUACCAGUUGGUGGUAUUGUUCACACUGGUAUGCAAAAUGAACGAGGUGGUUACGAAAACGAUUGCAUCCUCGUUCGGCAAGACAAGUAUUGUUUCUUCAUGGUUUCCCCCACUUCACAACAAACACGGGUGUUUGAAUGGAUGAGAAGCCAUUUAGACUCUGAUGGAUCUGUGACACUUAAAGAUUUGACUUCAAUGUACACUGUGAUUAAUGUUGUGGGACAUAAAUCAAGGCAACUUCUGUCAGAGCUCUCAAAUGCAGCACUGAACCUUCACUCAUUCACCUACCGAAAAGUGAAUGUGGGCUAUGCAUCAAACGUCCUUGUAAUGGCAUUCACACACACAGGAGAACCUGGCUACUGCCUGUACAUACCAUCAGAGUAUGCCCUCCAUGUGUAUGACCGCCUAAUGAAAGUUGGGCGAGAUUAUGGAGCCCGGAAUGUUGGUAUGCUAACACAACGGUUCAUGCGCAUUGAGAAAUUCAUACCAUUUUGGGCUGAAGAUCUGAACAGUGAAACAACUCCAUUCGAAACUGGAAGUGGAUAUCUAGUGAAGCUUGAUAAGGAGUACUUUAUUGGAAAGUACGCACUAACUCGUCAGAAGAAGGUUGGUGUAACUAAAAGACUAGUUAUGUUUAGUUUGGAUGAGGUUGAUCCAGACAAGGAUGUAUGGGCCUGGGGUGGGGAGCCCAUAUACCGCAACAAAGAGUUUGUUGGCACACUUACAUCUGCUGGAUACGGUUUUACUGGAAACAAAAUAAUUGGCCUUGGCUUUGUAACUAAACCAGGCCUUCUUGCUCAAAAUAAGAAAGCAGAUGCAAGAACAGAAGAUGAGUUUAUAAUUACACCCGAAUGGAUCACUGAGCCAGGAGCUAGAUAUGAGAUUGAUAUUGCAGGCCACCUGACAGUAGCUACACCACAUAUAUAUGUGCCAACCUUCACAGCAAUGGCAAUAGAAGAAAAACAAGGGAAAAGUUACCGCCCUACAGUUGUAAAAUCGUCUUGAUGACUUCAGGCAGUUUCUACAUUUGGCUGUGAAACAUUGUACUUAGUUUCAUCAUUUGUACUUAAGUAAUAGAAGUUCGGCUUCUUUGAAUUAACUAGUCUUACCUUGCCAAAGACAAUAAGUGUUAACAUGCCCACCUUUCACUUGAGAGUGUGGGUCACUAAAAUUCCCAGACAGCAGUUUUCAGAAAAGUUGUGAGAUUAAUGAGCAAGAGGAGCAUAUUAAAAACAUGCCAAUUUUGGA